AUGGCCAUCAAUGGAACCACCGUCACCACCGGUGCGUCGGUCAUCAUCAACUAUACGGCGGCCCUUUCGACCACCUACCAGGAGCUGUUUGUUAAUCUGCAGCUGAACGAGGCCAGUCUCGGCACGGUGUUGGACGACCGGCACCGGGCCAAUGGUACGAUCGGGUGUAGCCGGGCCUGCCUGUCGUGGAAGAAGCUCGUCCUGGUAGCGCUGUUCUGUCUGCUGAUAGUGAUCACCGUCGUGGGGAACACGCUGGUGAUCCUGUCCGUGCUGACCACGAGACGGUUACGCACCGUCACAAACUGCUUCGUAAUGAGUUUGGCCGUUGCCGACUGGCUCGUCGGUAUCUUCGUGAUGCCUCCCGCUGUCAUCGUGUUCGUCGUCGAAUCGUGGCAGCUUGGUUGGAUACUUUGCGACAUUUGGAUAUCGCUCGACGUGCUGCUCUGUACGGCCUCCAUCCUGAGUCUCUGCGCAAUCAGCGUUGAUAGAUAUCUCGCUGUUACCCGGCCGCUCACCUACUCGAAACGAAGACGCUCCAAGCGGUUAGCACUGUUGAUGAUAUUCGUCGUGUGGUUGGUAGCACUAGCGAUCACCUGUCCCCCUAUUCUUGGCUGGUACGAUCAGGAUCGAAGGACACUACAAAGCUAUGAGUGCCACUACAACCAGAACAAGGGCUACGUCGUGUUCUCCGCCAUGGGUUCCUUCUUCAUCCCGAUGACCGUGAUGCUGUACGUCUACUCGAAGAUAUGUUGUGUGCUUACGUCGCGCCAAAACAGGAUGACCAAAACGGAGGCAACAGAAAAGAACUGCGAUAUCGAAGUGGACAACUGUACGUCGGAUGCGGACACCAGCCCGCGACAGAUGGCGAGUGGGGCGUACGGUGGACGACACGCCCUUUCCGCCGGCCACUACACGAAUGGCAGCAGCAGCAACAACACUUCGCACCAGACGUUGUACGAGUUUCUAAGCUCCACCCGCACGACGCCCAACGUGGCCGCGCGUGGCACCCAAAGCACCACGCGGAACGGCAGCAAUGCAAGCGGCAUGUCGAAGUUUUCCGGCGCCACGUUUGAAUUACGGCCCAUCAACACCGUGCAGUUUAGUGCGAGCCAAAUCUCACUGUCCGAAUCGUGCGCCUCGAAUGUGACGAAUAACGCGACCAAGAUACGGCUACACGGGAAACGCAUCCCGAUCCGCAUUUCAUCGCUGAAGCGCGAAACGAAGACGGCCCAAACGCUCAGCAUGGUCGUGGGAGGGUUCAUCGCCUGCUGGUUGCCGUUCUUCGUGUACUACCUGUUGAUGCCAUUUCUACCGGACGACUCGAAGAGUGAUGACCUGAUGGAGUUCCUGACCUGGCUCGGUUGGAUUAAUAGCGCUAUCAACCCGUUCAUCUACGCGUUCUACAACGUCGACUUCCGGGUCGCAUUCUGGCGGCUCACGCUGCGAAAAUUCUUCAAAAACAAGCACAACCUCACGUUUUACAAAACGUAA